CUAGCUGAGGCCAUGCACUCUCUCUUCCGUCUUCCCCAUGGAAAAAAUUUCUGUUUUUCUUGAGCUUCGAUCUUCCUUCUUCCCCAGUCUUCGUCUUCUUCCUCAUCCUACCUAAGUUCCUUCACUCAAAUGCAAUUUUACACCUAUUGAAUCUCUCUCAAAUUACCCACUUCCUGUACGUUCUUCAUUCUCCUCUCCCCUUUCUUCUUCCCCCUCUUUCAAUUCCUUUUUCCAGCUCUGGGAAUGCUUCUUUCUUCUUUGGUGAUAUUUUGAUCAGACUGUCUUGAUUCUUGAAGCCUGGGAUAUUCCUUCGUUCUGGGGCUACACUAGGCGAGAGCGCGGACAGAAGCUGUUCAGAUGUUGUCUUCAGAAGCACUCACGGGGAAUUAUAUCAAUCCAAUCUAGCUCUUACAUCGCCCAUGUAUCCAAAGCAAACUGGUUCAGGGGAUGGACCAGUCUCCAGCCCACUACGCACAAGUGCUCGACCAAGGAGGAGGCCAAUAUCAUAUGGUCGUCCAUAUGUGUAUUAUGGUUCUUCUGCAACCUUCAAACCCAACAAGAAAAGAACCCCAGCUACUAGAAUUGCCAAGAUGCUCCGUCCAAAGAAGCAAUCCAUGCCAACUGCUAAUGCUGUUCCAGUUGAAAAAAAUUUGCGGCGGUCUCAACGACAGAAGAGGAGGCGUACAAAUUUUAGUGGUUACACAGAUUCUGAAGAUGAAGACAUAAUGAGUCCCAAGUAUAAAAUACUGAGGAGUCAGAGGGAUAAUAACUCAAAUAAAAAUGUUUUUUCUUCUCCAAAGCAUAAAAAAAACAUGGAGAACCGACCAACUCCUAGGCGCGAGGGAUUACGACCACGUCAUUCACGAUUAGUUUCUAGAGACCGAUUGAAUUCAGAAUCAGAUGAUGAGCAAGGUAGCUCAGAAGAUAAAGGAAGCCAAGAUGGGAUUGAAAAUGGGAAUGAUAUAGAGGAUAAUGAUGUGGAUGAUAUUCAAAAUGAUGAUGAAGGUGAGCCUGAACCUGAGGAUGAGGGUGAGGAAGAUGGUGAUGAUGAAGGAGGUGAAGAAGAACAGGACGGACGUAGACGAUAUGAUCUUCGAAAUCGUCCCGAUGCUCGGAGACUGUCUAUAGGUGAAGGUAAACCAAGACCAAGAUCUCCUCGCAGAGUAUUACAUCAAGGAAUGGGUACUAAGGUUGGGAGAGAUGUAAGGAGGGGUGGAUCUAGAGUUCACAAACGUCGUAUGGCGAGGAUUGAAGAUUCUGAUGAUUCUCUUCUUGUGGAUGAGCUGGACCAAGCUCCCGGUAUACCAUGGGCUCGAGGUGGAAGUAGAUCUGGCCCACCUUGGCUGUUUGGAGGAUUGGACAUGCAUGGGACUGCAUCUUGGGGAUUGAAUAUUGCAGCAUCUGGUUGGGGUCACCAAAGUGAUGCAUUUUCAAGUUUAACUUCUGGUAUUCAAACUGCUGGACCAAGCUCUAAGGGUGGGGCAGAUAUUCAACCUGUACAAGUUGAUGAAAGUGUUAGCUUUGAUGACAUUGGUGGCUUGUCAGAAUAUGUAGAUGCUUUGAAGGAGAUGGUAUUCUUUCCUUUACUUUACCCCGAUUUCUUUGCAAGUUAUCAUAUAACUCCACCAAGAGGGGUGCUGUUAUGUGGGCCUCCAGGUACUGGGAAAACAUUAAUUGCUAGAGCAUUAGCCUGUGCUGCAUCAAAGGCUGGCCAAAAGGUCAGUUUCUACAUGCGGAAGGGUGCUGAUGUUCUAAGCAAGUGGGUGGGUGAGGCUGAGCGACAAUUGAAACUGCUCUUUGAAGAAGCACAAAGGAACCAGCCUUCUAUCAUAUUCUUUGAUGAAAUUGAUGGGCUUGCUCCAGUUAGAUCAAGCAAACAGGAGCAAAUUCAUAAUUCCAUCGUUUCCACAUUGCUUGCUUUGAUGGAUGGACUAGACUCUCGCGGGCAGGUUGUAUUGAUUGGAGCUACUAAUCGGAUUGAUGCUAUCGAUGGAGCCCUACGCCGCCCUGGUCGUUUUGAUCGUGAAUUUAACUUUCCAUUGCCUGGUUGUGAUGCACGGGCUGAGAUUUUGACCAUUCACACUCGCAAGUGGAAGAAUCCUCCUUCAGAGGAGCUUCGAUCAGAACUUGCUGCUACUUGUGUAGGUUAUUGUGGUGCUGAUUUGAAGGCCCUCUGCACUGAGGCUGCAAUUCGAGCUUUCCGCCAAAAGUAUCCUCAGGUUUACACCAGUGAUGACAAGUUUCUGAUAGAUGUUGAAUCUGUCAAGGUUGAGAAGUAUCAUUUUGUUGAAGCCAUGUCCACAAUUACUCCUGCUGCUCAUCGAGGGGCUGUAGUGCAUUCUCGGCCGCUAUCUUCUGUAGUUGCACCAUGUUUGCAAAGACAUCUUCAUAAAGCCAUGAUUUUCUUAUCUGAUGCCUUUCCAUUAGCAGCAUCAUCUGAGUUUGCCAAACUUUCCAUGCUUUCUUUUGGAUCUGCAAUUCCACUAGUGUGUAGACCUCGACUUUUGCUUUGUGGUGGUGAUGACGUUGGGUUGGAUCAUCUUGGUCCUGCGAUUUUACAUGAAUUGGAGAAAUUUCCUGUUCAUUCUCUGGGACUUCCGUCGCUGCUUUCUGAUCCCAGUGCAAAGACACCUGAGGAAGCAUUGGUACAUAUAUUUGGUGAAGCAAGGAGGACUACUCCAUCGAUACUCUACCUACCUCAGUUUCACCGUUGGUGGGAGACAGCAGAUCAGCAGUUGAGGGCUGUUUUAUUGACUCUGUUAGAGGAGCUACCUUCUGACCUUCCCAUAUUACUGCUUGGGACAUCCUUAGUCUCGCUGGCCGAAGUUGAUGAGAAAGCUUCUAUGAUUUUUCCUGAUCGCGGGAUAUAUCAAGUUAGUCCUCCGUCCAGUGAAGAUAAGUCUUUGUUUUUUACCCAUUUAAUCGAGGCUGCUUCCUCGGUUUUGCUGGAGGGCAUGGAUAAAAAAGUGCAAGUGUCUGGAUCCCUUCCUGAGCUUCCCAAGGCUCCAGUAGUAGCCAGUGGACCAAAGGCUUCUGAGUUAAAAGCCAAGUUAGAAGCUGAACAGCAUGCCCUUCGGCGUUUAAGAAUGUGCCUUAGAGAUGUUUGCAAUCGAAUUUUAUAUGACAAAAGGUUUACCGUCUUCCAUUACCCUGUUCUUGAUGAGGAUGCUCCCAAUUACCGCUCAGUUGUCCAGAACCCAAUGGACAUGGCUACAUUGCUUCAACAUGUUGACUCUGGGCAGUAUAUUACAUGUUCAGCAUUUAUUCAAGAUGUCGAUCUUAUUGUUUCUAAUGCGAAGGCUUAUAAUGGAGAUGAUUACAAUGGUGCCAGGAUUGUUAGCAGAGCUUACGAACUUCGCGAUGCUGUCCAUGGAAUGCUGACACAGAUGGAUCCCGCACUGAUUGCAUUCUGUGACCAUAUAGCUGCCCAAGGUGGCCCAUUGAACGUGCCAGAUGAACUUGGGGGAACUAUGUUUCCAUCUGCCCCAGCUGUGCAGCUGGGAACUGUUACUCGAGCUAGUGCUCGAUUGCGUAAUGUCCAGCCAGAGGUUGACUUCAAUCGAAGUUACGAGGCAUUAAAGCGCCCAAAGAAGAAUAUGGAUGCUGCUCAUCAUGCAGAAGAGAAACAGACACCCCAUCAAGAUUCAGUUGCCCCAAAACCAUCCCAGGAGCCCGAUACAAGUGAAGCAAGUCGUGAAAGUUCACAAGCCUGUCUGGGUGGUGGGAAUCAGCGUGAUGCUUCUGGUGGAGAAGCCUCCGAUCUUACAGAUUGGAACGGGUCGCAAGAUGCUUCAGUAUCCAAUUGCUAUAUUUCGAACCAAGUUGAGUCAGUGAAGAAUGUACUUCUGGAGCGAACAAGGAAGUAUGGAAUUCCAGAGCUUGAAAGACUAUACACUCGAAUAAUGAAGGGUGUUUUCAAGAUUAAAGAUGAAGGAGGCAAGGAUGAUCCUAAGCAUUCAAUUUUGAAGUUUUUAUUGAAAUUUGCCGAGGAUGAGUCUAAUUUCUGAUUAUUAUUAUUAUUACUUUAUUACAAAUGAAUCCUUAACCCCACUCCCAAAAAGUUAAAAAAAAAAAAAAAAAAGUUAGAAAAAGAAAGGUUUAUUUCGUUAGGUUGAUGUAAAGUCGGGAAUUUCAUUGCAAUGGAAAUCUGUUGAGUGGCUCUCUCC